AGCCAAGUAUGACAUCGCGAAGCACCGGAUGGGGCUGUCAGCGAGUACCGUGGUCGUUUAUAAAGGCGUUGCGGACAACAUUCGCUGGCUCGCGGCGCGCUAGACUAAAAUCUGCCUCGUCCUCCCGCUGUCCUCAAAUCUCCACAUCCAACCUAUUCAAACACCGCAACCUCAUUUGCGCCGCAGGACCCAUGAGACACGCGCACCCCGGAGUACAAACAGUCACCGUCUAGCUGCCUUGCAUGGAAGAUCGGAUUCACCGCGAAUUGACCGUAUCCGCCCGCCUCACUGCGAGAAAACCGUCUACACCUCCGAAACAGUCACCUCCGAUGACCUCGAAAUCACGCCGCGCGGCCUUCUCUUUGCUUCGAUAGAAUCCUGCCUUUACUCCGGCAGCACCAGACUCGCUCCGCCUACCACAGUGCGAUACUCCGACCAGUUUAGACUCACACCAUGUCCAAAUCCACGGAAAAGCCGCAACCACAGGGGGCCGCCAUCAUGAGCGACGAGCCAGGAAACGGCAUAAAACCUCUCGGUACGCCCGACAUUACAAGCCUCCAGCGCAUUCGACAGGUCUUUGCGCAGCCAGUCCUAGCCUCGUUUGUUGCAGGCGGCGUGGCUGGCGCAGUCUCCCGGACCGUCGUUUCCCCCCUCGAACGCCUCAAGAUCCUGUUCCAAGUCCAGAGCGUCGGUCGCGAGGAAUACAAAAUGUCAGUGCCCAAGGCCCUGGCCAAGAUGUGGAGGGAAGAGGGCUGGAGAGGUUUCAUGGCCGGAAAUGGCACAAACUGCAUUCGCAUUGUUCCAUACUCUGCUGUGCAAUUUAGUGCGUACAACGUCUAUAAACGGUGGUAUGAGGGGAUCAGGCGCACAUGGAGCGGAGACUGGAUAGGUGAGCCGGGUGCACCGCUCGAUGCUUACCAACGAUUACUCUGUGGAGGUCUUGCUGGUAUUACCUCUGUUACCUUUACGUAUCCGCUCGAUAUCGUCCGCACGCGGUUGUCGAUUCAGUCUGCAUCGUUCUCAAGCCUCAAGAAAGAGGCCGGCCAGAAAUUACCGGGUAUGUGGGCACUCCUCGUGAACAUGUACAAAACCGAGGGCGGAAUGCCGGCACUAUAUCGCGGCAUCAUCCCUACGGUAGCUGGUGUUGCACCAUACGUUGGCCUCAACUUUAUGGUCUAUGAAAUGGCCCGUACCCAGUUCACACGCGAUGGCGAGAAAGACCCCAGUGCGUUUGGUAAGCUGGCAGCCGGUGCGGUUUCUGGUGCUGUCGCGCAAACCAUUACAUACCCGUUCGACGUCCUGCGACGAAGAUUCCAGAUCAACACUAUGAGUGGCAUGGGAUACCAGUACGCAGGUGUUGGCGAUGCUGUCAAGCAGAUCGUCAAGACAGAAGGGCUCAGGGGCAUGUAUAAGGGUAUUGUCCCUAAUCUGCUCAAGGUUGCGCCCAGCAUGGCGAGCAGCUGGCUCAGCUUCGAAAUGACUCGAGAUUUGCUCAUGGGCAAAUGGAACUCGGGCUUCUUGUAA